AUGACCUCAAACAAAGAAGACCAGGAGUCCGUCAGGAACGCUCCCCCCGCGGAUCAUCGCCCCUCGACGACAUCGGCCUUCACCGCCUUGCCGCUCGAGGUUCGCAAACAGAACACUACCGCUCCGCGCCCCUACCGCCCUUCCGACAUCCUCAUCUUCUCGCCAUCCCCGCUGGCUGCGGACAUCACCAUCGUCAGGAUGGCGCGAGAGGCCGCGUCCCUCCCGAGUCCUAGACUCCGCCACAAUAUCCCGCAGCAACGACAGUUAUCCAUACGACCGAAGCCCUCGCCCCUCGCCGCGGCGCAGAAGCGCCCCAGAAUACUGCUCUCGACCAAGAACUUCAAGUGGGUCAAGACCUGCGACGCCCUCUGGGUCAAGGUGCCCGUGGCGUCGAAAAAGCAGAGGAUCGUCCUCAAGAUGAAGGGAAAGAAGGCUCGCACACCGAGGGUCUAG